CAUCCCUAUAUAUUGUCCCGCCCAGCCGAAACCUCCUAUCGCCGAAUUCGCCUAAACUAUUCCCCCAAUCUCCGAACCCUAGGCAACCACUUCGGAAUCAUGGCUGCGGAAUCUCCCAAGCGGUCGAAUCCGACGAAAGACCUUCCAUCUCUUGCUUCUUCCGAAGAAGAUGAUGAUACUUCCUCCGCCGAUGAAGCCUCUGAACUGCCGUCGCAGGAUAGAACGUUGGCGUCCCAUUCACAAGGUCAACCGAAGAAGCAAGCUGUUCAGAGCUCCGAUUCCGACUCCGAGCACGUCUCCGACACGGAUUCCGACUCUGAUCCGCGGCCGAAGAGCUCUGGCGUUCUGCCCAUCGCUUCCCAGCCCCAGCCUAAAGCUCAAGUGCAUGCGGUUCCUGCCUCUUCCUCAAAAUCUACGCCGGAGAGAAAAAGGGCGAGUGAAACUGAAAGGGAAGCAAAGGACUCCAAGAGGCAGAAAGAGGUGGCGGAACGCGACGCGGACAGCGACGGUAAGAACAAACAUACGCCGAGAGUGCUCUUCCAGCGGCUAUGGGGUGAGAACGAUGAAAUCGUGGUGUUGAAUGGGCUGAUCGAGUUCGCUGAGAAGAAAGGAGCUGAUCCCUUGAAGGACAUAGCGGCUUUCUAUGAUUUCAUCAAAAAGUCUGUGGCUGUGGAUGUGUUGCCUUCUCAGUUGAAGGAGAAAGUUAGAAAAUUGAGGGCGAAAUUCAAGAAACACGCCAAAGGGGAGAAUGGUUUGGAUAAGACCUUUAGCAAAGCUCAUGACCAGAGAACUUUCGACUUGUCGAAGAAGAUCUGGGACAGUCAGGGAGAAUAUCUUCUAGUUCGAAUUGAUAACAGUAAGUCAAGCGGAAAAGCGAAGAAGAGCGGUGGUGCUAACAGUAUAGGUAGCAGUAAAAGUGCAUCAAAGGCUGCUGAUUUGAGUGCAGCGAAUGGACAUGAAAAUGCAAAGAGCGCCGCUAGUGCUGCUUUGGGAGCAGGGAAUGUAGGAGAGGAAAUGGUGGAAAUCGACUGGGUCAAUGAUCGGAGAGAUGGGUUAAGCUUUGAUUGGAGCCGAGCUAGUGCAGAAGUUGAGGCCUUUGUGGUGAGCAAGGGGAUGGACAUGGUGGAUGGAUCCGAAAGAAACGAGCUUGCUAGAAGAUGGAAGGAGCUCGAUAUCGAAGCUUUGGAGCACUUUGUUAAGAAGAAUCAAUUGAUCCUUGAUCAGGCUCAGUUGAUGCUGGACAGCAGCAGUAGCUGAAGAUCGAUUCUAAGGAAGCUAGAUUUGGUGAAGGCAGAACUGCAGCGUCUAACAAGUCUGAUGUCCUCUUGUUUUUAUGUUUUUAAUUUAUGUGGAGGAGAUGUACCAAAUGCUUUUAUCUUUUGAAGAAGAAGAGCCCGUGAUCCACAGUGACUCUCGAUCUACAUUUUGAUUUAUUGGUUUGAUGGAGAGAUUAGGAGAGGCUUCGCAAAGUAUAUUGGCAUCUCUGGUGUUUUGGUUCUUGCUCAGUUAUUGUGUAGGUUUCGAUGUUGAUGCUUUCUCGUGACUGUUAAACCGCUUUUAUUAGUUGAAAUGGUAAGAUGUGUUUUGUUCAUUUGUUGGUAUCUUUCCAGUUUCUUGAAUGCUGGCUGUGAAUGAACUUUGCCUUCUUGAAUCACUGUGUUGUUCUAAUUUGCUAUCA